AACUGGAGAAGAUCCCAUUUUGCAAAGCUGUUUUUAUCUUGCGAUGGAGAUUCAGUAAUUCGAAUUCUCAAAAUUUCAUGUAAAUAUAUAAUAUUAAUUGAAUAAUAAUGAGUACUCGACUCAAAAGAAAAAGAAAAAGAAAAGAAAUGAUUUCCCGGAAAUGAAGGGAUAAAAAAGGACCCCAAUGUUUCCUUAAGACUCGCUCUGCUUCCCCAAACUCAUCUCCAACAAUACACACCGGAGCAAAUAAUAAGAAUUUUGGAUAAGACAGACAAACAGAAACAGAUAGAGAGAGAAACAAAAACAAAUGUAAGAAAAAAAGUAGAGUGAAACCUCUCUCAAACAAAAAAGAAACAGAGAAGAGAGGACAUCAUCUUUAGCUUUUCUUUUGGUGCGUCGCCUGCCCUCUCUAUCUUAUCUCUUCUUUUUUUCUAUUUUAUGUCUUAAUUAAUACUGCCUUUCUUGUCUCUGCUGCUCCUAUUUUAUUAUUAUUAUUAUUAUUAUUAUUACAAUAAUUCAAAGCUGCUGUAAAAAUUAUUUCAUAGCCUCCAGAAUACCUGUCAAGGAACCCCCCAAAGAAGGCGGCGGUGGACGACGGAGGCGCUCGCUUUUAGAACAAAUGUCAGGGGACCUGGCCGGCUUAACACUGGAUGCGGUGUUGGGUGAUAAACAGGCGCAGCCAACACCGACAGCGACCGCACAGAUGAACAGAACACUUUUAGAUAUAAUUCGCGACGAAGAGCCACACGGUUCAUUGUUCGGUCAUAAAGACAAGAAGAGCUGGAAAGCCUUCAGAGACCGCCUCCGCCUCAAGCGAGCCGGCGCUGCUUGGACCUCCACAGUUCCAAUUCCGGCUUCUGAUAUUCCUAUUUAUAAUGCCAACAGCACGGCCUCUAAUUUUAAUCAAUCUAGAUCUUUAAUGUCACGCCGUAAUUCUGUGCGUUUCACCACUCUUUCUUCCGGAGAUCACUCUCCUCGUCUGGAAGAAGACGAUAAUGGCUAUCACAAUAAUGAUCAUCCGCCAGCACCGGCACAGGCAGUUUCGGUUUCCGGUUCUGCCAGGCCGUUUAUGGUUCGCCGGGUAUCCUCUCGGUACGGAUCAUCACUCCUGCCGGAUGAGAACAUCCAUGCUGUCGGAGAUGAACCUCAGUCGCGGAGCUUUAGACCGCAAAUGUCGCGGCAUAAUUCAACUCGGAACGGUGAGUCUCCUUUUACUGGCGGCGGGGAAGAUGAGGUGGCGCGUGAAGGUGGUGGUGGCAGCGGUCGUCGUUUAGGAGCCGCACUGGCGGAGGAAAGAGCGCUGUCGGCGAGGGAGGCCGUGGCUGCACAGGAAGCGGCAGAGGCGGAGGCUGCUGCUCAGGCGGCGGCGGAAGCUGCGGAGGAGGAUGAAGGGAAUUCUCCGGGUGCGGAAGAAGCGCAGCCAGUGAGGAUGUCGUUGAUGGAUUUGUUGGAGGAGACAGAUAGACAGAUGGGAUUUGUGGGGUCCAGGUAUACAAUAGGAGAUGAUGAUGAGGAAUGUGAGGAAGAACAAGAAGAUGAGGAUGAUAACGGAGUGGACGGCGGCGAUGGAAUAGAACACACUUGCUGCGUGUGCAUGGUUAGGCAUAAAGGUGCGGCGUUUAUCCCCUGCGGUCAUACUUUUUGCAGGCUGUGUUCAAGAGAGCUUUGGGUUCAAAGAGGUAAUUGUCCUCUAUGCAAUGGAUUCAUUGUGGAAAUUCUUGAUAUCUUUUAGUGUUUUUCUUUUUUGAAAAAUCAAAUGCUAUUUACAUUGAUAACAAAUUUCAAAUUUGUGUAAAGACAUUUUCUUUCUUUCUCUGUAUCUUUGUAAUUUUAGUGACUUGUUAUGGAUAGAUUUUGAGAAUGGUACAAAUAAGAAAUUGGAUAAAUUUCAGAUUCCA